AUGAAGGUUUUCAUUCUCAUCGCUCUUUUUGCCGCUGCCAACGCCGGUUUCCCGGGUGGUUAUGGCGGGGGUGGAACCUCCACGAGCCACCGUUCUCAGGACAUCAGCGGCAACUACCAGUUCGGCUACAACGAGCAACACGGCACGGGCGGCACCUCCCGAUGGGAGUCCGGCGACGGAGCUGGCAACAAGAAGGGCUCCUACAGCCUUCGCGGCGCUGACGGCCGCACCCGAACCGUGAAGUACGUCGCUGACGGCGGCGGAUUCCGCGCCUCCAUCCACACCAACGAGCCCGGCACCGCUCCGUCGUCCCCGGCCUCAGCCGGCAUCAAUGCUCCAGUCCUCGUGGUUCCCGCCGGAUACGGAGGCUACGGAGGCUAUGGAGGAGGCUACGGUGGAGGCUACGGUGGGGGCUACGGUGGAGCCUACGGAGGAGGCUACGGUGGACCCUACGGCGGAGGCUACGGAGGUGCCUAUGGUGCAGGUCUGGGUGCUGGUGCCACCAAGGCAGCCCACGUCUUCGGACCCGCCAUUCCUGGAACGGGCUUCGGCGGCUACGGGGGCUACGGUUUUGGAGGUGGCUACGGCGGCCACAUCAAGCAUCUCUAUUAAGUUAAGCUUUAGUAGUUGAACUCUCUGUUGACUCAAUUGCGUUCUUCUGUCUCUUCUCUUCGUGUGCCUCGUGUAAAGUCCUCCCCUUCUUUUCGAAUCGCUGCUCAAAUAGGCGCUUUUUGUUACGUCGCUUAGUCCUGCGUGUUGUUGUCCUUUGUCGUUAUCGUCUGAAUAAACGUGCUGUUGGUCAAUUGGUUGUUCCCUCGUUGGCGGUCUUUGCUUUGCAUGCGGUAAACGAAGCUUAAUUUUUUCUUUGGGUGAAGUGCCAUUGCUGCAGUUCAGAGAUGCUAGAGCCUUGUACAUGGGAUGACCUCAACGGUAUCAUUCUUUCCGCCAUCCUCAUCUUUGCUCUCUUUUAACUUGGUGCUUCUUUUUUAUUGCCAUGGAAGUUCCUGCUUCUACCAAAGAUCUCUCAUGUGGACAUCCGUGAACAGGCAUAGCAAGGUAAAGAACUAUGUUCUGACUGCAGCGCGAGUUUGAUGUGACAU